AUGGAAGCCGACACUGGAUCGAGCACUCAGAAUGGCGAGCAGAAUGGCAUUCCUUAUGACAAAAAACUAGUAGUGAAUGUAGGAAAACGACAAAAAAUGCAACGGAGCGCUACAGACUAUCAGCUUUCAAUAGACCCAUCGUCUCCCAGCCAGUCAUCGCACUCUUCCUCCCCGGUUUCGUACGAGACCGCAUACCUCGCGGCAGGAGUUGGCUCAAGCAGCGAGCAUUCGGAUGCGACCUCGCGCUUGCGGCCAACCGUAUUUGAAGCCUAUGGUGUGCCACAAGGCUCUGAUCAAGUCUUAGAACAACGGCUGGGGAGACCAUCUCAUGUUCUGGAUCCACCGCCAGAAUCUUCCGCGGACCAGGACACCACCGCUUGGGAGACUUCAUCAGCUUCCUACCUCAGCCACGACUCCGGCUAUAGCCACGGGCAGACAUAUGCCCCGAUUGACGAUUUUACUUGGCCAUCUUUCCUCCCGAGCCGCGCGGACCGAUACCAUGUUGAUGAGGGCCACUUGAUGCCAUAG